AUGGUAUUUGGCGCUUUAGCUAAUUCCUCUGGAGGUCUCUUCGGCCACUCCAACUCGACCUCUGGCGGUAGCCUAUUCGGAAACUCUUCCCAGAGCACGAACACCCCCGGCAGUCUGUUUGGUUCGCUUGGAAACAAUAUGGCGAGCCCCUACAUUUGCGGUCUAUACUUUCUGGAGCCCUUCAACGGAGAGCCCAAUUCCAUCUUCAACCACCCCAGGAGGAAAUAUCUCCCCUCCGUCUCGCAGUCUAUUCACGCCCGCGUCGUAGCUUCGACCUCGCGCACAACUCUCACACAGACCUACGUCAACUCGUCCACCAAAGAAGCCAUCCCCGAGCUCCGCUACACCUUUCCCUUGUUCGAUGGAGUUUCUGUUGUGGGUUUCACCUGCACCAUCAAUGACGACCGCGUCAUCCAUGGAGUCGUCCAGGAGAAAAACACCGCUCGCAAGACGUACGACAAGGCCGUUGCCAAAGGCGAGACUGCCGGCCUCUUCGAACAGUUGCCCGACGCCAGCGAUGUCUUCACUACUACAAUUGGAAACGUCCCGCCCGGUGCAAAGAUCAGAGUCGAUAUCACCUACCUUGGCGAGCUCAAGCACGAUGCCGAGGUCGACGGCAUCAGAUUCACCAUUCCCACCUCAAUCGCCCCUCGCUACGGUUCUUAUCCCGGCACUAUGAUGGCGAAGCCUACCAAUGUCUCCUCGUACCAGGGCAUUCAAAUCGUUGUUGACGCCGAGAUGCCUGCUGGGAGCGUCAUCAAGUCCAUCCAGUCACCUUCCCACCCGAUAGGUGUAUCUGUCGGAACGACCUCGACCAUGGCAGCUAACGCCACCCCUUCCCUCCAGUUCGCAUCGGCUACUCUCUCUCUGGGAACCACGGAGCUGGACAACGACUUCAUCGUUCAGAUUAUCGCAACCAACACAUCCAACCCCAUCGCCGUUCUGGAAACCCACCCUACCAUCCCCGACCAGCAAGCCAUCAUGGCUACCCUCGUACCCAAGUUCAAGCUGGCCGCGACCAAGCCCGAGAUCGUCUUCAUCUGUGACCGUUCAGGCUCCAUGGGUGGAAAGAUCGACGACUUAAAGAACGCUCUGCGGAUCUUCAUCAAAUCCCUGCCUGUUGGGUGUAUGUUCAACAUCUGCAGCUUCGGCUCACGCCACUCCUUUUUGUUCAAGAAUUCCAAGACCUACGACCAAGACACUUCGAACGAGGCGAUGAAGCACAUUGAUACCUUUGCCUCCAACUUUGGCGGCACAGAGAUGUACGCCCCCAUCGAGGAGACCUUCAAGCGUCGCCACAAGGAUAUGGAGCUCGAGGUGUUUGUCCUCACUGAUGGCGAGAUCUGGAACCAGGAGGCCCUCUUUGACAUGGUCAACAAGAACAUCGAGAAGUCAAAGGGAGCUGUCCGCAUCUUCACGUUGGGUAUUGGUCGUAGCGUCAGUCACGCCCUGAUCGAAGGCCUAGCCCGAGCAGGUAAUGGAUUCUCGCAGUCCGUCUCUGAACAAGAGAAGAUGUCUGGAAAGGUCGUCCGCAUGCUCAAGGGAGCUCUUACUCCCCACGUCAACGACUAUUCUCUGGAGAUCAAGUACGCCGACGCCGAGUCCGAGACGGAGCCUGAGGAUGACUUCGAAACCAUCGAGACCAGACCAGCUCAGGAGGGUGCCUCUGAGGCAAGGCUGACCGAGGAACCGAAGAACCCAAUUUCUCUUUUCGACCCCAGUUCCGAGGACGCAGAGAUGGAGGAUACCGACGCGAAAACUGAUGGCACCGGCACUGAUCGCUUCUCCCAUGUUCCCGCGGUCCGACCUCCCAAGGUCCUCCAGGCACCCUUCCGCAUUCCUCCGCUUUACCCCUACAGCCGGACAAGUGUCUACCUUCUAUUGUCACCCGAGAGGUCCAUGAGGGAUAAGACUCCGGCGUCCGUGAUUCUCCGUGGAACGUCGUCACAGGGUCCCCUCGAGCUGGAGAUCCCCAUCACCCUUCUUUCCGAGGCUGGCGAGACUAUUCACCAACUGGCCGCCCGUAAAGCCGUCAAAGAGCUUGAGGAAGGACGCGGAUGGAUCUACCACGCGAAGGGCCGAGAUGGCAAGCUGCUGGAAAAGAGCCACCCCGGGCGCUUCUCUUCCAUGGUUGAGCGCGAGGCAGUCCGUCUCGGAGUUGGGUUCCAGGUCGGAGGCAAAUGGUGCUCGUUCGUCGCCGUGGAGAGUAACGACAAGGACACUGCCGACAGUACCAACAACCACGAGGCCGACGACAUGUCGACGUUUUCGGAGACUCCGGCGUACGGUGCUUUCGACCCCUUCCAAGAGGACAUAAGGCGAAGGAACACAGCCGCGUCUGCGAGAGCACAAAUCAUGCAGAGGCAACAACAACAGAUGCAGCAACAGAUGCAGCAAGUGCAGCCGGCGCAGCAACAACAACACCAGGCGCAGAAGAGAGGUGCGUUUCGUCUUUCCCAGAACAAUCUUGUUCAAACCAGAAGUAUGGGUAUGUUCGAUUCCUCCCCUGAUACAUCCCCGGCUGCGGGUGGUUUGUUCGGCUCAUCCCCUGCAGCAGCUCCUAUCGGUGGUGGUUUGUUCGGUUCACCCCCCGCAGCUCCUGUUGGCGGUAGUUUGUUCGGUUCAUCCGCUGGAUCUGGAGCUGCAACCGCAGGCGGCUUGUUCGGUUCAUCCUCCGCAGCUCCUCCUCCUGUUGGCGGUGGAUUGUUCGGUUCACCCCCUAGAGCUAAGACUACGUCUGCCUUGUUCGGCUCAUCCUCCCAAGCAGCUCCUACUAGUGGUAGUAGUCUGUUCGGUUUGAACUCCAGAGCUCCAACUGCUGGCGGGUUGUUUGGUUCACCAACCGGAACUCCUGCCGUAGGCGGUUCGUUUGCUUUUGGCUCCGCAUCAUCCUCUGCCUCUGCAAGCAGAUCUACAUCGUCUGGGUUGUUUGGAAACUCAUUGACGUCUCCAGGUCGCGCGCCCCAACCCCCGCCUCCGUCGGGAGGCUUUUUCGCCUCUCGCGCUGCCAGCACGCAAGCAUUCGGCGCAGUUCCGCCCCAACUCCAGCAAGCCGCUGCCCCCGCAGUCCCCCAGGCACAUAUCGACCAGGCUAUCUUGGCCCAUUAUCAGCGGGAUCUGUCAGACGACGCUAAUCUUAUUGAUUACUCUGAUGACGACGCUGAUCUGGAUGGCUUCAUGUCCGUCGGAGAGAAGAAGAAAAAGAGAAAGACGACGUCUUCAAACGGAGAAGAGCUUGACAGCAGCGACAAGUUCUCGGCUCUUGUGUCUCUGCAAGACUUCAGUGGCUUCUGGAGCUGGUCGUCCAAGCUGCUCAACGUUUUUGGCUUGUCCGAGGAGGAUGUCACCAAGGUUUUGGGCAUCUUGCUGAGCAAGGGUGAUGCCAUGGCCACUGCGUUGGCUGUUGCCUACUUGCGGAAGAAGCUCGCUGAAGAGCAGGACAGCUGGGACAUGAUGGAAGAGAAAGCCAUCCAAUGGCUUCAGGGCGAGGUGGGAGAUGAGAGAACCGAGCAGCUGCUGACCGCUGCUGAAGGUCUGCUCUGA